GUGAGGAAUUAUGGGAUACGGAGUUCGCUUGGUCACUUUCUAUAACGACGCCACUCUUCAUAACCGUGAACCGGGUGCUCCCGCGCACGUACGUGGCGCACUUUGCGUUCAGGCUGAAACAAAAGCGAGGUCUAAAUUUCAACCCUCAGUGUUCCCAGCAGCGUUAACAGCCUUGGCUAGUGCCUUUUAGCAGAAAUGCUCACUGCUGUGCGGUGCGUGCUGUCGAAGCUGGUGUCUCCGUUGUGGAGGACGGUAGAAGUGGAUGAACAAGGCAUUUUUUCCGUUAUACCAGACCUGGAGGACGUUCGCCACCUGCAGGGAAGCGUGGUGACCCAGCUGUGUACGGACCACGGCAUGAUAGACGAUGCCAUCUGCUUCACCAACGGAGAGGUGUUGGGCGGAGUGCCGCUGAAGAAAGGAGACCUCGUGAACUGCAUAGCAGUGCGAGAUGGUGCCCAAAGGGGAUGGAAGGCCCUAAGGGUUGAGAAGAGUGCAGAUGCUUGGGAAGAUGGAGGCGGAACCUCCCUAGAAGCCGAUGGUAUGCAGCUGCGGCCUCUCAUCGGCAAAGUCACAUCAUUUGAUGGAGAUGGUGGCUACAUAAGCCAAACCACAUACUUCCCACGGUGCAGUCUUUGGCAAGGUUAUGAGCCAAUGAAGGGAGACUGGGUCCAAGCUAAAUAUCUAGUCAAUCCCAGGCAGUGGAGCACACAUGCACAAUCUGUGGCACCUUUGCGCUAUUGCCGCCUAGAUCAGGUGUGUGUUACUAGUGUGUAUGGGAAUGGUGGAGUAGUGGAAGACACUGUAUACUUCUGCUUGGACUCUUUGCUGCUGCCGGCAAACUACCAGCCUAUGCCAGGGCACCUGGUCAACCUGGUAAUGGUGGAAAGCAGUCAGUCAUUACACUGUUGGAGGGCCCUGUGCAUGGCGCCCUGUCUUAAGAGUGUGACGUGUUCCACUACAGUUCUCCCUGAGGCUCAGCUCCAGAAUCUCUUGGAAAACAAAGGCGGGUUGAACGUAACAGAUUAUGGCCAGUUUGGAGAUUUGAUGAUGGGAGAGAGGCAAGAGUUAGUGCUGUGGAUACAGAAUAAAGGUUCAGAGACCCACAAGUUAAUAUGUUGCGAAUUUGCUGGCUGGGAUUCACUGGAACAGUUCAUGCUGGUUGCUGUCAGAGGGUCUUCAUCACUUAGAGAGAAACAGUCUUUGCAUGAAAGCGACUCAAAGUCUGACAACCUUUCAAACUCCUCAGAGAAACAAGUAAAUCAUGCAAAAGACAGACACCAAGAAAAUGGUAAAGUGCUGAAGAAGGAAAACCUUUCCCUUGGAGUAAGGAAGGAGGAAAGAGAGGUGGAGCUUCCUCCAGGACAGAGGCUGUCUGUUGUGGUAUCCUGCCAGGCCAAGACCAUUGGAAGCUGUUCAGAGCUUCUAUUGCUGCACUUCUCUUCUUUCACCAUUGGAAGGCGCCUGGAGGUCACCGUAGGCAGUGAAGAGGAGCGUCUGCUGCAGCCCUCCGUGCCAUACACUCCCAUUGAGGCUUAUCGAGCCUCAAUAAAUCCUGCUCAUGUGAUCACAGUGUCUGCUCCAAAAGAUACACCUAGGCUUACUAAGCGACGACUGCCGAAUUUCCUACCCAAUUACCCAGUUCCCCAGGCUUUAAGAAACUGUGUGGAGGCGCACAGUGAUGUGUUGGUGGUGCAGCCCUGCUUGGGAGAGGUACUAUCACCAUCCAACAUGCACAUAAGGUUUGCAACUCUUCUCUGGCUAGAGGAGCUGCAUGAAGAAAAAGAACUGAAGGAAUUCUCAAUCACUGGAGCUAUUCUUCGGAGAGGAGCUGUCUUCCUGCACCUUGAGGUCCUUGGUUUGGCAGAAGGGAGACCCAGUCUUAGUAUAGGUGACAGGAUAAUGUUGAAGAAACUGCAGAGGGAUGACACAGUAAUGGAGUAUGUUAGUUGUGUAACAGAGAUCAAAGAUGAAGAUGUGAGUUUAAAGGUGAACUCAGAGUUUCAGCGCUGCUACCUUGGGGAGCCACUUGAUGUAGAGUUCACUUACAACAGAUUGACCAUGAGGCGAUGUCACAACGCACUGGAACAAGCAAAACACUUUGGAGAGAUUCUCUUCCCCUCUAGAGUUAAUCCUCAGACUCCUCAGUGGACAGAGAAUUGGGUGGAUGGCACGGAGCCAAACAAAACAGAGGAGAAUGAGGUUGCUGAUUUGCAAAAUGGGGAGGUUUCGAGCAUUUUCAUCGACAUGAAGUCAAAGGGCACACAGACCAAAAUUUUGGAUGGUAGAGUGGCCUCCAAGCCCAUUCCCAGUAAAGGGCAGCUGUUUAACACUGAGCUGAACCCAUCUCAGAGAGAGGCAGUAAAGAGAAUCCUUGCUGGAGAGUGUCGGCCAAUUCCAUAUGUGCUGUUUGGACCUCCAGGGACAGGCAAAACAAUCACCCUUAUUGAAGCCAUACUACAGGUUUAUCACUUUCUUCCCAGUAGCAGAGUACUCGUAUGUACGCCUUCCAACAGUGCUGCUGACCUCAUCUGCAUUCGUUUACAUAACAGUGGCUUCCUACAUGCUGCAAGUUUGGCGCGUGUCAAUGCGUCCUGUAGGCAGGAUGAGUCCAUUCCAGAAGUGCUGAGAUCCUACUCAAAGGCUGGAGAGGACAUUCGUCAUGCCUCUUUUCACAGGAUCGUCGUCAGCACUUGUUCCAGUGCUGGCAUGUUCCAUAAUUUAGGACUACGAGUUGGACAUUUUACACAUGUGUUCCUGGAUGAAGCUGGCCAGGCCACAGAGCCAGAGUCCCUGAUACCCAUUAGCCUUGUAUCAGAGAGAGAUGGACAGAUAGUGUUGGCUGGAGACCCCUGUCAGUUGGGCCCAGUAGUGAAGUCCAAGCUGGCCAAUGCCUUUGGCCUGGGGGUUUCUUUAUUGGAGAGACUUAUGUCCAACUCGCUGUACUCCAGACAGGAGUGGGGGUACAAUCCUAAGCUGGUGACCAAGUUGAUCUACAACUACCGUUCACAUGAGGCCUUGCUGACGCUACCCUCCAAGCUGUUCUACCAGGGUGAACUGUGUUUUAAAGCCCCCAGGUCUAUAGUGGACUCUUUGAGCAACUGGAAAAACCUUCCCAAAAAAGGCUUCCCUCUCCUCUUUCAUGGUCUCAGGGGUACAGAAAUGCGAGAAGGAAGAAACCCAUCAUGGUUCAACCCAGGGGAGGCUGUACAGGUCAUGCUCUACUGCUGCCAGCUGGCCAAGAAGCUCUACAACCCAGUAGAUCCCUCAGACAUUGGCAUCAUUGCCCCCUACAAAAAACAAUGUGAGAAGAUCCGACUGCUGCUUGGUAAAGUUGGCCUGUUUGGCAUCAAAGUAGGCUCUGUGGAGGAAUUUCAAGGACAAGAGUUUCUGGUCAUCAUCUUGUCUACGGUGCGCUCUAAUGAGUCAGUGCAGACUGACGAUCUACAAGCCACGCUUGGCUUUUUGUCAAACCCUAAACGCUUCAACGUUGCAGUUACUCGCCCCAAAGCCCUGCUUUUGAUUCUUGGUAAUCCCCACAUUCUCAUUAAGGAUCCAUGCUUUAGAGCUCUGCUGCAGUACUCUUUCACUAAUGGGGCAUACGUGGGCUGUGAUCCCCCACCCGCUCUAAGACAAUCUCACAUAGUUGCAGAAACGAAACGGGCAAAGGAUAACAUAUAAUCUUACCUCUGCUCCCUUCAUUUUUCAUUGGCUUAUGUCUCUGUUAGCCAUACACCAGUGAGCGGGGGCUGUCUUGUUCACUGUUAAAUGUAUUGGUUUGACUGCAGAGGUUUUUCUUCUGUUUCUGUGAACACUCAGAUAUAAAUAAAAGAAUCAUAGCCUUGUGUA